AUGGCGCCACCUGGUAGCAAAGCCGACAUGCAGCAGUUCAAUGUACUACCGAAACAAUAUCCGCAUACGGAUAGCCAGGUCGGGAAGUAUGUUCAGCGCCUAAGCACCAUCAAGGAUUCGCGUAAGAAGGCAGCCAUCCUUAACAACGCCACCACCAAGUUCAUGUUCGUGAGACAUCCGCUCACUCGCAUCCUGUCGGCAUAUCGUGAUAAGAUUGCCGACAAAGCUGACGACCAACGGUUCCGAAAGUCGUAUCUGCGUAAGAAUCCGAAACUCGGGAAGAUUAGUACGUCGGUGAGCUUCGUACAGUUCCUCAACCAUGUUCUCGGAACACUUACAGAACAAUUGGAGAUGCACUGGGCACGCAUGGUUGACGUGUGCAACCCGUGCGUCAUCAACUACGACUUUGUCGGCAAACACGAGAGCAUGCGCGACGACAGCGCCGAACUGCUGCGGCGGACGGGACUGGCGGAAUCCAUCGACUUUCCCGUGAGGAACGCGACAUACAAGAAGGCGACGAGCAGUGAUGACGUCACGCUCAUGCGGACUUACUACAAGCAAGUGCCGCUAGACCUCGCUCGACAACUGCACGCUAAAUAUGAAGCGGAUUUUCUACUUUUUAAUUACACGUUUCCCUACGAAUUGUUCGCCUAG